CUAAAUUACACGUACAAAACCUUAAAACUACGAAGCAACUGAUCAAGGAAAGGAGAGAUCAAAUCUUUAUAUAGUUUGGGGCCUGAAACCCAUUUCUCUUUUUAGUUCUUUUUUUUUUGCUGUUUUUUUUAGGUCAGCCAAAACGGGUCUUCCUCUGUGGAUGCUUGGGUUGGGUGCCGAUCCGUUGCGGGCCGACAUGAAUCGUUUGCUCGCUCUACUCUUCCACCAGGGUGUACUGGACGAGCAAUUCGUGCAGCUUCAGCAGCUUCAAGAUGAGAGCUCCCCAAACUUUGUCUACGAGGUUGUUAACAUCUAUUUUCAUGAGUCGGAGAAGCUCUUAAAAAACCUCAGAGGAUUGUUGAUGGAGAGGGAGUUCUCGGACUACAAGAAAAUGGGAAUCCAUUUGAAUCAGUUUAUGGGAAGCAGCUCGAGCAUAGGUGCCAAGCGAGUCAGAAACGUUUGCGUUGCCUUUCGCGCCGCUUCUGAACAGAAUAACCGUGCCGGGUGUUUGGGAGCUUUGGAGCUGCUAGAGCACGAGUAUUGCUACCUCAAAAAUAAAUUGCACGAACUGUUUCAUAUAGAACAGCAACGAGUUUUGGCAGCUGGAGUUAGGUACCCAAUGCAAAACUAAAAGCGAGCUAGCCAUGAUAUUAUGAUAACCGGGGGGCGAGGUAUUUGAGUGCCAGACACCUGCAGCUUAAUGUUUCAGGUUCUUAAUUUGCUAGCGGCUAUCGCUAAAAACCAAGCUAACCUCUCCAAAUUAACAACGUAGCAUGUACUUGUAAAAGGAAAACGAGAAGUUUGAGAUCGAGCCUUUAUGCCACCGCCAACUGCUCACCUGUAUGAUCUAAUAUUGUUGAGUACUACUAGCUCUUCGUUUUAAAUAAUGCAUGGGCGUUACCGUAG